GCUCCGCUCAGAGAAGGAGAAGGAGGAAGUAAGCCAUGGCUUUCUUUCUCUCUCUCCAUCUCCAAGCUGUCUCCUCAGCUUCUCCAAUCAUCCCCACCCAACACCCACUUGACCCUCUCACUCAACAAGAGGUCACUCUCAUCAGAACCGUCGUCCUCCAAAAAUACCCCUCCGCCGGCACCGACUUCCACUAUAUCGGCCUCAACGACCCCGACAAGGCCGCCCUCCUCAAAUGGGCUUCAUCGCCGACCAACAACCUCGUACACAUCCCUCGCCUCGCCUUCGUCAACGCCAUUAUUGAAUCCCAAAUCCACGAGAUCCUUAUCAACCUUAAAAACCAACAAAUCCUCUACGAUAAUGUCCACACAGGUAACGGUUUCCCCACCAUGACGGCUGAGGAACAAGUAAAUGCCACUUCGCUUCCAUUGAAGUACGGUCCCUUUAUUGAGUCCGUCAACAAGAGAGGGCUCAACUUGUCGGACGUUGUGUGUUGCCCUUUUACUAUGGGGUGGUACGGCGAGAUUAAGAGCAUUAGAGCUUUGAAGGUGGAGUGUUUUAUGAUGGGUGAGACCCCCAAUAUAUAUGUGAGGCCAAUUAGUGGGAUGCUCAUAAUGGUGGAUAUUGACAAGAUGCAGAUUAUUCAGUACCAGGAUAGAUCCGUCGAGCCUUUGCCUAAGGCCGACAAUACUGAGUAUCGAGCUGACCAUCAACAGCCACCCUUUGGUCCUAAGCUCCACGGCCUAGCCACCAUUCAACCGGAAGGACCGGGAUUCAAGAUCCAAGGCCACAGCGUCAGCUGGCCAAACUGGAAAUUCCAUGUUGGGUACGAUGUGAGAGCAGGAGUAGUAAUAUCGCUGGCAUCAAUCUACGAUCUGGACAAGCACAAGUUUCGAAGGGUGCUUCAUAGAGGUUUUAUCUCGGAGUUGUUCGUGCCUUACCAGGAUCCAUCCGAUGAAUGGUACUAUAAGACAUUUUUCGAUGCCGGCGAAUACGGGUUCGGACGGUCCGUGGUGUCGUUGGAGCCCGACCGAGAUUGUCCUCCUCAUGCUCAGUUCAUGGAUGCUUACCUCCAUGACCGUGCUGGAAACCCCACCCUCCUCCAAAAUGCCUUCUGUAUCUUUGAAAAGCAUGGCGUGAUCUCGUGGCGUCACAUAGAGAAUAGCAUUCCCAAUCAAACUGUUCGCGAGGUCAGGUUAGACGUAAGCUUGGUGGUGAGAUCGGUGGUGACGAUAGCACUCUCUGGAAUGCUGGAAAUUAAGGCGGUUGACAUUAAGCACAAGGACGAAAUAAAGGAAGAGCAACACGGAACAUUGGUGUCGGAGAACAGCAUCGGAAUAAACCACGACCACUUCUAUAUUUACCAUCUUGACCUCGACAUUGACGGUGAAGAAAACUCCUUCGUCAAGACAGAUUUGAAGACAGUGAAAGUCACAGACCGCAGCUCAAAAAGAAAGAGUUAUUGGGUAGCUGAGGCUCAGACGCUGAAGAAUGAAUCUGCAGCUAAGAUCAGGUUAGGAGUUAGCCCAUCAGAGCUAGCUAUCGUAAACCCUAACAAGAAGACCUCGGUCGGCAAUGAAGUCGGCUACCGCCUCAUUCCGGCAAUGCCAGCUCAUCCCCUCUUGGUCGAAGAUGAUUACCCACAAAUUCGAGGAGCUUUUACAAACUAUAAUGUGUGGGUGACUCCAUAUAACAGGAGCGAGAAGUGGGCUGGUGGACUUUAUGUUGAUCAGAGCCGUGGAGAAGAUACCUUGGCUGUUUGGACCAAAAAUAAUAGAAAUAUUGAGAACAAGGACAUAGUGUUGUGGCACGUUGUGGGGAUUCAUCACGUGCCAGCGCAAGAGGAUUUUCCGAUAAUGCCAUUGUUGAGCACUUCGUUUGAGCUGAGGCCGACCAACUUCUUUGAGAGGAAUGCAGUUCUCAAGACACUCUCUCCCAAAUCUUGGAAAUGGCCAGCCUGCCCCAAGCAAAAGUAAGCUGUCUGGGCGUCACUUGUUAGAUUAUUGUGUGAAAGAAUGCACAUUAGUAUUAUCAAUCUGGUCG